CCCACUUCUGACAUCACCCCAGCUCUCUCGGGAUGUUAACCUUGCUGUCAGCACACAGCACUGGGAGUUUUAUACCUCAACCGAGCAGAGUUCGGAAGUCUUGCUGUUGCUUCUCAUAAGGAGCCGAGAUUAAAGUCCUGCCUGCCUCGAUAAGAAAUGCAAGGCAGGAAUGUUUGCAGCUGCUCUUGGACAGCUUUCCCACUGAGUGUGAGCUUCUACGGAGGCAGUGGUAUUAAAGCUUCGGUUUCCUUUCAGGUGACCUACAAUGGACUGGCUCAGGAGGGAGAAACAGGAACACACUGGUCCAUGCUGGACAACAAUGACACCACCUUCCAGCCUCUGCCUCCUUCUGCUCCAAGCGCUAGGCAUCUUUGCCCUUGGCCACUUCACAAAAGGUCAGAACAACACACUGAUUUUCACAAAGGGAAAUACCACUCGCAACUGCAGCUGCCCAGUAGACAUCAGGGACUGUGACUACAGUUUGGCUAACUUGAUAUGCAGCUGUAAGUCUGUCCUGCCUUCUGCCAUGGAGCAAACCAGCUACCAUGGCCAUCUGACCAUCUGGUUCACAGAUACAUCCACAUUGGGCCACGUGCUGAAGUUCACUCCGGUCCAAGAUUUGAAGCUUUCCCUGUGUGGUUCCAGCACCUUCCCCACCAAGUACCUGACUAUCUGUGGGCUGCAGAGGCUUCGCAUCAAUACUAAGGCCAGGCAUCCCUCCCGGGAGCAGAGUCUGCUCACCCACAGCAGAAGGGAAGGCAGUUCCUUGUACAAAGGCUGGCAAACAUGUAUGUUCAUCUCAUUCUUAGAUGUGGCUCUUUUCAACAGGGACUCAUCUUUAAAGUCAUAUAGUAUUGAUAACAUUUCUAGCCUCGCCAGUGACUUUCCUGACUUUCCUUACUUUAAAACGUCCCCAAUGCCAAACAACAGAAGCUAUGUUGUCACAGUUAUUUACUAGCACCCUGUGUCCCUCCACCAGGAACUCUAAAAAA